AUGAGCAUCUCGCAACCGAAGUGCCUCCAGUGUAGGAUAAAUACGUAUUCACACUAUAAAAAGGGGUAUACGAUAAAGUACGUGAUUGGCGUCUCACCUGGAGGGCUAGUGACACAUGUAAGCCAAGGGUAUGGUGGACGUGCCUCUGACGAGGCUAUAUUCCAGCAAAGUAACCUUGUGUCGCAACUUCUGCCAGGCAUCGACCAUGUCAUGGUCGAUAAGGGCUUCCUGAUCGAAGAUGUGUGCGAGAGCUGCCUCAUAGAGGUGAUACGACCACCUUUUCUUCAACAGAAGCAGCUCUCUAAAGCCGAGGCUUUGCGGACAAAAAAGAUAGCAACAGCAAGAGUCCAUGUUGAAAGGGCAAUCCAAAGAAUUAAGAUUUUUAAGAUUCUCUCUCAGAAAAUGCCAUGGAGCAUGGUCCCACUGGCAGACGACAUAGUAUGCAUAGCCGCUGCAUUGGUAAAUCUGUCCAAGCCCAUUUUGGUAGACAAGAGAUUCAUGUAG